UCCUGCACACAGCGCAUGCUCGCAGCGGUUCGCAGCGCUACCAGCGCGCAUGCGUCAUGCUCUAGGCAUGCGCUCAGUGCGAGCAGGCGAGAAAGCCGGGCGGAAGUGUUGCUGGCGGCGGACGGUGGCGCGCCGCGCCGGCGGGCAGAUAAAGCAACCAUGCCUGUUCAGCUGCUGAAGAUCAUUAAAGGAAAAUCUGAGCCUCCAUUACCAAGCCACUUGCAGAGGGAGGAUUUAAAACAUUUGCACGCAGGCUUGGAUUAUACCAACAAAUAUUUCCAGGGAGCUGUUAUUCUUUCCUACCCACAAACAAAGCUUGGAGAUGGGACAGACUUUUUCAAGAUUGUUCUUCAAGAUAACUCAUGUGCAAGGAUCGACAGUAUCAAUAUUCUAAUAUAUGGAAAAAUGGCAGAUGAUUGUGCAAAAGUUAUACGUAAUGGGGACACCUGUAUAGUUGCUGGAUUUAAGUUGGCAAAAUCACCUACAGCAAGAGAAGAUGGUAGACAUGGUUGCCACCUGGAGGUGUCAGAAGAAGCUGGUUCAGCCAUUUAUAUUUAUGCUCAGCCAAGCACAACUGCUUCAGAAACUGCAUCUGUGUCUGUUGCACCAAAAUAUGUGUAUACUCCUCUGAAUCAUCUUAAAGAUGGAACUAUAGUGAAUUUGUAUGGUGUUGUGAAAUUCUUCAAGACUCCAUAUGUAAGCAAAGGAACAGAUUAUUGCUCAGUGGUAACGCUUGUGGACCAAUCAAAUGCGAAGUUAACAUGCACUCUUUUUAAUGGAAAUCUGGAUUCUCUACCAAAAAUCUACAAAAUCGGAGAUAUUGUUCGAUUUCAUAGAAUAAAGAUCAGAGAAUACAAUGGACAGAUGCAGGGAAUUACCAGUGCAGGAUUUGCAUCCUUGACGUUUGAUGGAACUGUAGGAACACCAGUAGUUCCUCGAACCUCUAGUAAAGCGUACACUUUCAUGGAUGAAGAAGAAAAAACAAUAGAAGAAUUACGUAUUUGGGCAGCCAGUAAUCUUUCCAUCUCUGGACCAGCAGCAAAACUGUCCGGUGUUCGACCAAUGCUGUUCUUUGAUCUCACUUGCCAGCUGGUGGGGAAGGCAAAAGUGGAUGGAUCUUCUUUUCUUCUAAAGGUAUGGGAUGGCACAAAAUGUCCCUACCCAACAUGGAGGAUACCUGUAGAAGCAAGAGACCUGGAAGGAGAAAAAAUUCUUCUUCAUCGGCUGCGAAAUCUCACAGUGGAUAUUCUAGUUUAUGACAACCACGUACAUCUGGCAAAAUCACUGGAGAUUGGAAGUUUUCUGAGAAUUUACAGUAUUCAUACAAAACAAGCAAGUGCUGAAAAUGAAGAUGUUCCACAUGUAGAAUUCCAUCUUCAUGGUGGCACCUGUUACGGUCGAGGAAUAGGAGUGUUACCAGAAAAUCACCCAGAUGUUAAAGAACUAAAAACAUUCUUAGAAUCUGUGGAACUGGCAGACAGUCAGAGUAUGGAUAGCAUGUCUUCGCUGGAAUUAGAUAGCACUUAUAACAGUAUUGCAGAUCUUGAAUCACAGAGAUGUCAGCAAUUAUCUGUUACAGUAUUGACAGAUCAUCAGGAUUUGAGUAACACAGAACUGAAAACUAUUCGGAACAGCAGAGCUCCUCAACAAUAUCGCAUUAGAGCAAAGCUGAGAACUUUUAAACCCCAGAAGCUCUAUCAAUCUGUUAAACUUCAUUGUUCCAAAUGCAAUUCUUUGCAAGAAGUUCCAAAUGGAGAUGCCUUUGACUUAAUUUUGCAAGAGUGUGCAGUUAUUCCUUCAAACCCAGAAUUACACAGUACGUCCUGGUAUGAAUCUGUAACGUGGACUACACAAGACCAGAAACAAAGGAAAAUAACUAUUCAUUUUGUAAAGCACGAUGAAAUGCUUCUAUACCCUGAAGAUACCUUGCUUAUGAUAGAAGGUGGAACAUCAAAAGAAAUCUGGAAACUUACAAGAAGAUUUAAAUGUGUUAUUCCUGUGAGAUCUACAAAGAAUGAUCUUGAAUUAUUAGAUCUUUCAGCUCCUUUUCUUUUACAAGGAAAAGUAAAAUAUUAUGGGUGCAAGCAGUGUUCAACUCCAAAGCCUAUUAAGCAUCUAAGUUCCUUGGCAGCAGAACCACGACCAUCAUGGGAACCAACCGAAAUAGCACAAGUUUUAGGUAUUGAACCACUUCAGUAUGUUUUUAUUAUGAAGUUUACACUGGUUGAUGGAACAGGAGCACUAAAUGCAUACCUUUUUGAUUAUGAGAAGUUCUUCCAAAUUCCCGCCUCUGAAAUCUUAAGUAAUAAUUUUCUUCAGCAAAAGAUGCAGAUGACCAUGAAUACGCUUUGUCCUCCAGGAAGAAAAUUAGAUGACUUGCCAUGGCUGGAAUGCUUCAUCAAGUCCUAUAACAUCACAGAUGGGAAUAAACAGCAAGUUUAUUACCAAAUUUUUGACACUACAGUUGCUGAAGAUGUUGUAUAGUAAUGCGUUACUAGUAGAAAGUAGAAAGUAAUUCAGUAAGAAUCUUUUUUUUUUUUUGGGGGGGGGGAUUGGAGACUGUAUAAUAAAACCUAUGUUCCUUUCUUAGGAAUUCAGUCUGUGUGCAUUAAGUUUUAGUUUCUGUAUUGAGUUAAAGAUAAUGGGAAUGUUGAUUUGAUGUAUUUACUACAUUCCUGGCACACAGCCUUGUGAUCUGAGUGCAGUCAGAGGUGGUAAGCAAUUAGGUGUCUGAUGGAAGCAAUCUAGUAUCCUGCUAUCCUUCAAAAAGGCAGUGAUGAGGUUACUUUAAACUGGUGAAUUUUACUUAGAAAAUGCAGUCAGAAUGAUGCUGCAUUUAUAUAUUAAAAUAAGCAUUGUCAGAGAUAUGGAAAAGGAGCUGUUCAGUAAACUUCAAAACUUUUCUGCAAGCAUUUUGAUGGUGUAAAAAUAUGACCAUGUAAUGAUUAUUACUAUUUGGCCCUGUUGGAGACCAAAGUUGUUAUCAUGUUUAUUGUAUUGUUGUAUCAUGUAUAUUGUUUAUAUGUUAUCAUGUUUAUUACCUGACUGUGUUUUCAAAGGCUCGCACAUAGUGGGGUAAACUUUGUCAGAUCACACUGCCCGUGUCUGCUUCUAUCUUUUAUAAUCAGAUAGUAUGACUAAAUUUAGAGAAGCCAAACCAAUAUAGUGAUGUCAUGGCUUGAAAAUACUGCUCCACUAGGAAAAUUACUUUAUGGUAUUACUUUGCAUUCAGAAGUAUAUAGGACAAAUUCAGGACAUAUUUGUCCAGUGAUAAUUAAUGUAGAAAUCCCUGUCGAAUCAAAUGCUUCCCAUCAGAGAAAAAUCACUUAAUAUUUACAACAGCUGUUUUUUAAGAGAGUUCAGAAGCAAGAUGCAAUACUUGUAGGUAGAUUAUUAUUUUGAUAGUAGAUGACACUUUUUUAAUUUUUAUGGGAUGCUUACUAGACUAUACAAUUUGUCAAUUUAAAAUUUAAUCUACAUAUUUUCUGAUACUUCUGAUACUCUAAAAAUUUAUAGUGAGUUUACGUGCCAUAAAACUGGAGAACGUGUUCUUUAUUGAUCAGUGUAUGGGGAGAACGAAUAUUAAAGGGUGGUUAUUGCAUAUUUACUUUAAAAGCUAGGGAGAAACUCAAGUUUGGAAUGGGGCUAGCAGUUUACCAAAGAGCAGUACUGACUUAUCAAACAUUGCCCGAGUCUGUGAACAGACACAUAAAAAGAAAAAAUAAUUAUAAAGGAUAUUAUAAAAGUUCAGAUACUGGCAGGAUCCCAGUGAUUUGAGAAGUUAGGAUUUAAAUUGAAGGCAAUAUUUUUUACUUGUAUAUAGUGCAUGAAAACUUUUGAAGAUACUUUGAUUUUUAGUUUUUUCUUAACAACUGAUAACAGAUAUUGAUAUUGUACAUUUUAUUGUAAAUAAGUCUUUUCAUCACAUCCUGUUGUCUGAGAUGCCUGUCAGAAAAGUGGCACUUUUCUGCUGUUGAAUAUUGUAUUAAAACGUUUAUUAAAGAUUUUUCCAAAUACUG